GCCUUCUGGAGAUGCUGUCCCACUGGGUCCCCACCCACCGAACCGGUGCCGUCCGGGCGGUCUCGUGGUUGAGAAAUGCGUCCCUGGCGUGUGGGAGAGCUGAGAGCCAGCCGUGUCCAUAAAAGUGGUAAGCCAUCAUGAUUCCCAUCACCGAGCUCCGGUACUUUGCCGAUACCCAGCCGGCGUACCGUAUUCUGAAGCCUUGGUGGGACGUCUUCAACGACUACAUCUCGUUGGUCAUGUUGAUGAUCGCCGUGUUUGGCGGCACGCUGCAGAUCACGCAGGACAAGAUGAUCUGCUUACCCUGUAAGUGGGUCGCCAAUAACUCGUGUGAGGCGGCGCCCCCCCGCAGCUCCUCGGCUCCGCGCCCUGGGGAGCCCCGCGGCAUUCAAAACGACCUGGACCGUCACCAGUACAGCUACAUUGAUGCCGUGUGCUACGAGAGCAAGUUGCACUGGUUCGCCAAGUACUUCCCCUACUUAGUGCUGCUCCACACGCUCAUCUUCCUGGCCUGCAGCAACUUCUGGUUCAAGUUCCCGCGCACCAGCUCCAAACUGGAGCACUUUGUCUCUAUCCUGCGAAAGUGCUUUGAUUCGCCGUGGACCACCAGGGCGCUGUCGGAGACGGUGGUGGAGGAGAGGGACGUCAAACCUUUAGGGAAGAUGAACGGUUCAGUUGACAAAAAAACCCUGUACCAACCAUUACCUGACACCAAGGACGUGGAGGCCAGCAUGCCCAUGCUCCAAAAAACAAAGACCAAAAUUGAGCAACGGAUCGUGGAUCGACCGGAAACUGGCGUUCUGGACAAGAAGGAAGGGGAGCAGGCCAAGGCUCUUUUCGAAAAGGUGAAGAAGUUCAGGAUCCAUGUGGAAGAAGGCGACGUCAUCCACCGUCUGUACGUGCGUCAGACCAUCAUCAAAGUUAUCAUGUUUUUGGUGAUCAUUAGCUACGCCAGCUACUACGUGUUCUACAUCCGCUUCAGCGUCAUGUGCACGGUGGAGACGGAGAAGCUGACGGGCUUCAGCACAUUCUACUGCGCCCACCCGCUGGCGACACUCUUCAAAAUCCUGGCGUCGUUCUACAUCAGCCUGGUGCUAGUGUACGGCCUGAUUGCUAUGUACACACUGUGCUGGAUGUUGCGGCGCACCCUCAAACGCUACUCCUUCGAAGCCAUCCGCGAGGAGGGCAGCUACAGUGACAUCCCUGACCUGAAGAACGACUUCGCCUUCAUGCUGCACAUGCUCGACCAGUACGACCCGCUCUACUCCAAGCGCUUCGCUGUCUUCUUGUCGGAGGUGAGUGAGAACAAACUACGGCAGCUCAACCUCAACAACGAGUGGACGUUGGAGAAGCUCCGGCAGCACAUCUCCAAGAACUACCAGGAGAAGUUGGAGCUGCACCUGUGCAUGCUGAGUGGCAUCCCCGAGACAGUCUUCGACCUGGUGGAGCUGGAGGGCCUCAAGCUGGAGUUCAUCCCCGACGUCACCAUUCCACCCAUCGUGGCCAAGCUGUCUAACUUGCGCGAGCUGCGGUUAUACCACACGCCGGCCAAAAUCGAGUCGGCCGCCCUGACGUUCCUCCGGGAGAAGCUCAAGUCCCUGCAUAUCAAGUUCACAGAUGUCAAGGAGAUCCCAUUGUGGAUCUACAGCCUCAAGAAUCUCAGUGAGCUGCACCUGACCGGCAACCUGAGCGCAGACAACAAUCGCUACAUCGUCCUAGAUGGGCUGCGCGAGCUGAAGAAGCUCAAGGUCCUCCGUCUGAAGAGCAACCUGUACAAGCUGCCACAGGUGGUGACCGACCUGAGCGCGCACCUCCAGAAGCUUUCCAUCAACAACGAGGGCAGCAAGCUCAUGGUGCUCAACAGCAUGAACAAGAUGGUCAACCUGAGCGAACUGGAGCUGGUGCACUGCGACCUGGAGCGAAUUCCGCACUCCAUCUUUAGCCUGCACAACCUGCAAGAGAUCAACCUGAAGGACAACAACCUGAAAACCAUCGAGGAGAUCAUCAGCUUCCAGCACCUGCGCCGCCUGGUUUGCCUGAAGCUGUGGUACAACCAGAUCGCCUACAUACCCAUUCAGAUCGGUACCCUCAACAACCUGGAGAAGCUGUACCUCAAUAGGAACAAGAUUGAGAAACUGCCUAGUCAGCUCUUCUUCUGCCACAAGUUGCGCUUCUUGGACUUGAGUCACAACAACUUGACCGUCAUCCCGCCUGACGUGGGCUUGCUCCAGAACCUGCAGCACUUUGCCGUCACAGAAAACCGAAUUGAGACGCUGCCGACAGAAUUGUUCCAGUGCAAGAAGAUGCGUGUGCUGCAGCUGGGCAACAACUGCCUGGAGACGCUGCCGGCAUGCGUGGGCGAGCUGGCCGGCCUGACCCAGCUGGAGCUACGUGGCAACAACCUGGAGAGCCUGCCGCCCGAGCUGGGCGAGUGUCGGCUACUAGUACGCAGCGGCCUGGUGGUGGAGGAGAAGCUGUUCAACACAUUGCCACCUGAGGUCAAGGACCAAAUGCUGGGUGCAGAAAAGGAGAAAGUGUGACGGCUUUUCUAUUUUUUAUUGCCUUGGGAAGGUAAGUGGAGGCUGCGCACCUUUUCUUUGUGACACAAGAGUCACAAAUGUACCUUAAGAAGCCUUGAAUGUCCAUCACACAUGCUCCAGAACGUUUUCUGUGUGAUCUUAACUUUGGCCUUAAAAGUCAGUAAGACCUGAGUCGCUUAGUGUGAGGCAUGCCAUCCGGGCUCUGUGCCAAGACCCCUUUUUUUUCCUAUCCUUUUUCUAAUCAGCAUGUUAAAGCUCCUUUCUACUGCGUGCCAUUGGACCAGAACGGGCAUCAAUAAGGAACUGUUAAAAUGUUAAUGAGACAUGGGCUAUGUUUGUAAUCAUUCACCCAUUCCCUACUCCCUUAAGACUAGAUAGGAAUUUUUAUGAGAUGGACUACAUAGUUCACUUAGCAAAUAAAAGGUAGUUUUGGAAUGCUACUCAUUCACCGCCGUGGACAUUUAUAUUUAUAAACUGGAAUCUACCCAUUUACUGCCACAGGGGUAUGUAUUUAUCAAUACGUUUUUCAAAAGGUAUGUCUAGAAGGUCUCACCCAGAAAAAUAAUUCCCAAAAAAUCUUUUACAUCCUUCCAUGUUUUGAUGUGUUGCUUUUUCUAUCUUGCAUUGGCAGAUGUAUUGCUUUUCUAGGGACCAUUGUGUCAAGAUGUAUUUAAGACGCUACUAAAUAGGGG